AUGGCUUGUCAGAUUCUUCAACUCCUGAACUGGCGGAGCAGAUUCUAUAAAACCUGUACCUUGCCCAUCUUCACGAUGCAGAAGCGCGUACCGAUUCUAAAGGAGGACAUUGUACCAAUACUCGAAAUUCACAAUAAGUGGGUGCAAAAGUACUUAUUUGAAGCGCUGUACUCGUUACUAAACGAACCGGAAAUGUACGAAGAGCUAAACAGAGAAGUAACGAAAUUGAAGUUGAACGUUGAAGAAGAGUACACGCAAAUAUCUAAAAUAAGCAAGAAGCUGCGGAAAUGUUACGGCCAGUCGAAGCUGUUUAAGGAUCAAAAGGAAUAUGAUUCUUGUUGCGCAAGAGCAAAAGUAUAUCAAGAUAUACAUCUCGAUAUGAAUCAACCGUUCGACAAACAGCUGUACAAAAUGCAGCACGUGUUGUACACUUUAAAUAAAAUGUUUGCAGUGGACAUACCAGAUGAAGCAAGUAUCAAAAACGUUGAAAAUAGCGUCGCAUUGGCAAAGGAAAGCCGAAAUACACUAACGUCUGAUAUGAAACUAAUACCGAUCAAUGUAUAUUUGAUACAGAGGAUGUUAAACGUCGUGCAGCCAUUUUUACCGGAUUUGUUGAGAAAAUUCUUCGCAACUGAAGACAUAUUGUUACAUGCGAACGAAACCAGUUGCCUGGAUAUACUAUCGAGCGUCUCAAAUUACGCCAAGUCGUGUCUAGGUUUUUCAUCGGCGCUCUUAGACCACUUCCAGGUGUUGCUUGAAAUGAGAAAGGAUAACCAAGAUGCGACCAUUGAAAGGUUAUCCUCCCUACCAAUGCGUCUAUGGGACGAGCUUUAUAAAGUGUUGACGUCAUCGCCGGCAGUCCAUCCGUCCCUAUUCUUAUCCAUGUCUGAUCCUGAUGAUGAAACGGUUCCAGCGAACACAACAAGAUUCUCAACCAAUUUGCCAUUGAUGGCGUAUUACAUACAACAAUUGACUACCGUUAUUGAUGAAGAAGGUAAAAAGCCCGUUUUAGCCUACGAAAAAGUGCCAUUGAAAGAUCGGGAGGAGUAUUCUGUCCAGCUCCAGUCACUUUUAAAUACUCUAUGGAAUAAUAUUGGCACCUUGGAUUUUGCAGCCAAAGCCAAAAUAAAAUCAGAUGCACAAUUCGAGCUAACGAAAUACGAACACCUAAUUCUAUACAUAAAUUCAAUCCUUGUCACCCAAUUGAACAUUCCGAUUAUCAAACUAACGCACGACAAAUUCGCCCUCCUGCGCAAGAGUUUGAAAAUCGCUCCCCAUUUAAUGGAGAUCCUUCUGAAAGCGGAGGAAAUCCACAAAGAGUUGAAACAGAAGAUAAAAUUAAACACGAAACCUGCCAAGAUCAAGAUACUAACCGCUCAAUUGUCUUUAUUGACUAGUGUUUUAUUUGUGCAAUUUAUGGCUGAAAUAUCUCCUAUGGAUCACGUGGAAAAAUACAGACUGAAGCUUCAAUACAUAGAAGAGGAUGUGGAAAUGUUUAACGAGUUACUGAGCGCGUAUUACCUCCACGGGGCCGUAUCUGGUACGAUUGUUGAGUACAGGGAUGUGUAUAGGUUAUCGCAGAUCGCCGUCGACUCUCUGAAAGGUGAAACUCUAGAGGACCUGAAAAAAGUGCAUCCGUAUUGCUCUGUGCUAAUGGAUCUGAAGAAGCAAACGGCUUUGAGCGUGCAUAAGUAUGCCUCGGGGAACACUUUCCGACCAGUUGAGCCAUCUUACAUGAGUUUUGUCAAAGAAUGCAAACACUUUACAAAAUCAAUUCUAUCAGAAAAAGCCAUUGCUAUGAUGUCUUCGAACAUGGUUGUGACCAGCAAUUGCUUAUAUCAGGAUAUUGAUUCGAACAUUGUCAGCAAACCAAACAUGGAAAAAGCAAAAACCGUCAUCAGAGAAGCCUCAACAUGGUUGUACUCAGCCCGAGCCUUCUACAAGAAAAUUGAGACAUCAUACUCAGAAGCAUUCCCCGACUUAGCAAAACCUUUACAGACCUCAAUCUCCCAGUUAAUCCACAGCGUCACAUCUUUAAGUGAUAUACUAAAAGAGCUCAUAGUGAAGGUUGAACGAGGCUCAAUUUUGCCUGACCUGUUGAGGAGUCUGCUGGUGUUCCCCAAUAAGAUUCCUGAUAGAAGGGCAAAGGAAAAACACCUUAAUCGCUUUGUAACGACGCAUUUUAUGCAGUUGGUGAAUAAGGAUGUCGAUGUCUGUGAUCUGAUGAAGGCUGAAGCGUCAUGUUUGCAGAUUUUAAAAAUGAACCUCUCCGAGUUGUACCUGCAGUGCACAGCUGCUGGUUAUGUAGAUGAUACAUGCGCACGCGCAGUGCAUACAACCCUAAACGCACUCGUCACGGCGUGGGAGAGACAAAGACAGGACAUGGAGAGGAAGAAACAGGACGAGGAAGCCUUGUAUGUCACUAAGUCGAAAUGUGAAGACGAGGACGACGAAGCGAUAGCAUACGAGGAAAUAAUGGAGAUGUUCCCAUCGUACGCUGAUGAUGACUUCGCGGAGUUCAAACCACCGACACUAGAACAGAGGAAAAUUAAACUGCCAACCACAGACAAGGUCAAACCUCUAAUUACUUCUGAAGAUGUGACCUUAAUUUACACCUGGCAUUCGAAGUUCGUCCGUAACUCUACGCUAGCCGAGUGGCUGACCAGCCCGAAAAAGAUUGUGGGAAAUGACGUGGUGACACCGUUGCUUUUACGGUACCCCACGUUUAGCAAGGUUGUUCUGGAUUCUUGGCAGGCCUUGGACGCGGAUUUCGAAGGGGAAAUAACACCAAGUCUGCUGGUACUCUUGUCUCAUGUCAAAUCGCAAAUUGAUGGUACAGAGGAUUCAGCACAGAAGAACCAAAAAGAUUUUUACCGAUCGCCAUGGGUAGCUGAGAGCAGGGAAUGUCUGCCGAUUCUGCUAGAGGUGAAAGACACCACUGCUGAAUUGUUAGAACUGUGGCCUGACUUCCCAACGUUGAAAGAUAUAAUGGUAAUAGUGAAUAGAAUAUUGAACUUCCCGAUUACAAGCCCCGUUUCCCGAUUCCUCACCGGUCUGGAGUUACUUCGGGAUAAGAUUGAGGAGUGGAACAAGAAUGCCCACAAGGGGAACAACAUGAUUGAACAGUCCCUGUCUGUAGGACAACAGAUCAUAAAUUGGAGGAAACUCGAAAUGAGUCAUUGGCGCGAAUGUCUCAAUAAUUUAUAUCAGAGAAAGCAGUCUGAAGCUCACAAAUACUGGUUCUACAUGUACUCAGUGAUUCAAUCCUAUUUAGACGGUUCGAAUAGUUCGGACAGCGAAGCACCAACAGCGGCGAAGGUAACGUCGGUUCUACGCGACUUUAUGGAAAAGUCCAAUGUUGCGGAAUACGCGAUCCGACUUGAUAUUGUAUUCGUAUAUCAUUGCCAUCUAGUGCACAUGGAACAAAGUCAGAAAAGAGAUGAAUUGCUAUCAAUAUUGUGGAACACAUACAACUUCUAUUCACAAUUCUCUCCCCAAGUUGCGGCAUUUAUAAAAGAGAAGCGUGCUCCAAUAGAGAAGAAGUUGCGAGACUUCGUUAAAAUAUGUUCGUGGGAUCGAGAUUUGAGUUAUUGGAGUGUCAAAGAUACCGUGGACAAAGCGCAUAAAGCUUUACACAAACAUACCAAGGAAUUUGAGAAAGUUUUAAAAGAGAACGUCUCAAGUUGUCUGGUGGACAAUACAACAGAUGUUGCCGUUACUCACGUUGGCAUCUGGGACCGUCCCAAACGGUCAACUAUGAACACGAGCGCAGUGAGUCGUGGGGCGUACAUGAUUGAUCCGCUUGUAUACGUACUCCACGUUCGACAGUUCAAGAAGUACAUGGACCAAGUAGCAUUGCCAUGCAAAAUACUGAAUGAGGGUAGUUUGCUUUCAAAGAUGCCGUCCCUAUUGAGCAAAGCAAAGCAGCUAUGUAAAGAUACCAUAACAACCUGCGGCUAUCCGUCCUUGGUGCAGGGUUUAGAUGAUUUUGUUACAACGGUCAUCGAAACAAGCACGCAUUUGGGAUCGUUAGAGGUGGACGCAGACGCAACAAAACAAAAACAGACGUCCCAAGCGAAGAACAUAGUGCAACAGAAGCGAAAAGCCCUCGCAGAUCUCUUCAAGGCGCUUGCCAAAAUGGGACUCAACUAUCGCACUGGGCUGGUGAUCUUGACAGCGCUCGAAGACCUUUGUGACUUUACCAUUCCACCUGUUGAUUUGGAUUCAGCUAUGAGCUAUUUGAAGAGCAGGCGUUGUGAUCAAACUUUGUCGAUUCUAUGGUCAGGCUGUGAGAAGUAUUUCCAGAAAAACAUAGCGCGGCAUCGACUUCUUUCUAAUGCGUUACAGACUCCUCACAGUGACCUGGGCAUGCAGAAUAUUGAACGUUGUAAAGGGUUUGCUGCUCAGCUGAUGCAAAUUACCAACACACAAAAGAAAUCUAUCGCUAAAUAUUCCAGUUAUAUUGUUGACCUACGUAUAAUCACGACGAGUCUCGCUAACGUUCUUGAAUUGGAGACUGACAGCGCUAAUGUAUCUACCAUAAGCGAAAAGCUUGAUAUACUUGCUGACUGCUAUACUAAAGCGUCAAUUCUUCUAGAUCAGUUCAGCAUAUUACUAAAAUCCCUACCUGAAAGCACUUUUAGUUCUGGAGCUGGACCAGAAUUCGAUAAGGAACUAUCAAAUUCUUUACUUCCCCACUGUUACAACGGCAGUGAUGAAUGGAAGGAGUUGUAUAAAAAGGUCAAAUAUGUAAUAGCGAUAGUGGAAAGACAAAACAAUACAGUUACUAAACUAAUCGCAGUCCCUAAAAGAAUUCGAAAGAGUACAUUUGAGAUUCCGAGCAUAUCACAAAACCAUAUCGACGCAGUUAACGACGGUAUAAUAAGCUUGGGCCUAAUAAGAGAAAGAAUCAACAAAAUUCUAGAGGAAUAUAAAUUUGAAUUAAAGCACAAGGUCGACGAUAAGUCUUCAUUACACCCAGUGUUAGCAGGAUUAGUUGAUUUUGAACAUUACGUUGCAAACACAAUAAGAAACAUCCAAGCAUUAGAUAAGCCUAAUAAUAAAGUUAAAGUAUUAAAUGAAAACCUCAAGAAAGAUGUGCUACAAGUAACAGAAGAAGUUGUAGCGAACAUGUUAUUGAUCAUUCAGACACUGUAUAAGAAACACGUGUCUCCAGAUUCGAAGGUAGACGAUCUUGAUGAAACAGAAGAAUCGAAAGAAAUACUCGAAGACAAUCACCUGAAAGAGCUUCUGCAAGAAAAGCUCUCUAGUGAUGGAAAGCUGUUACAAUUAGGAUGUUUGAUUAACAAAUUACAGAAUUUAUGCACACUUUGCAUCGAAUACGUAACCACUGAGCAGGGUUUAGAAGAUGUUAAGUCAGUUAUAGUAAGAGUUAUGCCGCUAUUGGAACAACUGCAACUGUUUGCUCAAUACUUUGUAUCUCAAAAGGUCGCGGUACAUCGGGUAUCUUGCAAGAUGUUGUCUAUUCUACUUAAGAUCUUUUCGGACCUAGCCACGAAAGGCUUUUGUAAGCCUUCCGAUUUGGAUAUGGAAGACGGGGAGGGUGAAGGUGGCCCAGGAAAACUUUCUGGUGGCACUGGACUCGGUGAUGGAGAAGGCCAAAAAGAUGUAUCGGAAAGAAUCGAGAAUCAGGAUCAAUUAGACGAUGCCCACCGGCCUGGCGAAGAAAAGAAAGAAGAAGAACGCGAUUGCAAAGAGGAAGAGAAAGGAGUCAAUAUGACAGAUGACUUUGAUUCGCACUUGCAAGAUGUGGAACAAAAAGAAGGAGACUCUGACAAUGAAAACGAUAACGACGAUGCUGAUAAACAAAUGGGGGAUACUGAUAAUGCUGCAGAAAAACUAGACCAGCAAAUAUGGGGUUCUGAAGAUGAAGAGGACGAUGAAGACAAAUCUAAGACAGAGAAAAAAGAAGAACGUGGUGCAGGAGAAAAGACUGGAGAGAAAGAGAUGGGUGCCAAAGAACAAGAAGAAGGCCAAGAUGAUGGCGGCGAUGGAAAAGAAAAACAGAAGAAGAAAGACAUUAAUGAAAUGGAUGAGCCGGAAGUAGAUGAUGAUCAAGUGGAUCCGCACUACGGCAAUCACCCAGAAUACCCGGAGCCAAAAGACUUUGAAAUGCCCGAAAAUACGAACGCUGAUGGAGACGAAGGAGAGGAAGACAAAGAAGGUGAAACAGAAACGGAAAAUCCAUUCGACAUCGAUGUUAUGAAAGAGAACAUACAAGAAGAAGAACCGUCUAAAACGGAGGAAAAGGAAGAAAAUAGGACUGGCUUAGACGUUUCUAGUGAUGAAGAAGACGGUGCUGCUGAGGACGGGGACACAGAAAAAGAGCAGCAGGAAGCCGAAAAGGAGAAAGAAGCUACCUCAGAGGAUAAACCAGAGGAAGAGGAAGAUUCAACCAAUAUGGAUACGGAAAGUCAACCGCAGCCUGAACCAAGCCAAACAGAAACAGAACCAGAAGAAAAACAAGAAGACGAGUUACCACAAAACCCAGAUGCUAUGAAAGAGGAUGAUCCUGUUGAGGAAAAGGAGCAUGAAGCGAAUCCCCAAGCUAAUCCCUCCCGCGAUGACCCUUCAGCCGGUGAACGCGCCGAAAAUGCGGAAAUGGAUAAAGGUGUUAAUGAUAACGUGGAAACGAAUCCAGAUCAGGCUAUGGAUGAAGACGCCGCGCCAUAUGAGCAAGCUCAAGAACAAGUAGGUGAAGAUAAACAGUCCACUGGCCGUUCAGAGUUAGAUAAGAGCGAUAAAGGACAUCGCGGAGAGAAGCAAGCAGCUAAAUCGGAUCUUUCUCACAAAGAACAGUCUAGACGUGAAAACAAACCUGGAAAGACAGACCAAGAACGGACAUUGGGUGACGUGAACGACAAAAAACAUAAGCAAGCUCAAACGCUGAACCAAGAACGCGAAGACGCCGAAGAGGAGGGCGGGGAAGAAGGCAACGAUGACAGUGAGGCGGACGCGUUUCAACACGUUAAACAGGCUAAAAAGGAUGAUUUACAGGCAGUGGAUUCAGCAACCAAAGAACAGGCGGAUCAACAGCCGACCCUGCAGAAAGAAGAGGAAGAAGCCGAUAAAUUAAAGGAAGACGAAAACCUUCCAAUGGACGUGGAUGAUGAAGACAUUCAGGUUGAGAAAUCAGAAGAAAGUAAGCCAGAGAAGAUGAAAAAUGGUCCUGAAAAAGAUAAAGAGAAGUCUGGAAAUAAGAACGAAACCGGUGAUGAACCUACAGGUGAUACCGGUUUGGAAGUGGAAGGCGAUGCUGUUCUAACAAGUACUGUAUCUAGGGGUCGGGAUACUACAUAUCACACCAGGUUAGAAGAAUCGUCACAACAAGCAGAAGAAAUAUCAAGGGAGCAGUAUAUAAGCAUGCGCGACUGGGUACAGUCGGGUGGAGUGCGCAGCGGAGUACAGUCGAGUGCAGCGUGGCGUGCCGCUUGGAGAGACACCGCCACUGCGUCCAGAGCCCUCUGUGAGAAGUUGCGUCUCGUCCUUGAACCUACAGGACGCUCGCGUAGAGCUGGUGACUUCCGCACGGGUCGCGCGAUCAACAUGCGUCGUGUGAUUCCGUACAUCGCGUCCCACUUCCGAAAAGAUCGCAUUUGGCUCAGGCGGACAAAGCCAGCGCGAAGGGAGUACCACAUUGCGAUAGCUGUCGAUGAUUCUAGUUCGAUGGCUGACAAUAGGAGCAAAGAGUUGGCCUUCGAGAGCUUGGCGCUGGUUUCACAGGCAUUAAAUCUACUCGAAUCCGGCGACCUCGCAGUACUCAGCUUUGGAGAAAAACCCAACCUCUUACAUUCGUUCAACGAGCAAUUCUCGGAACAUUCAGGUUCAAAAAUCCUAGAACAACUCUGUUUUGAGCAGACGAAGACCAAAAUUGCGCAAUUGCUCGACUUCUGUACGGUUAUGUUCGACCAGCAGUCGGUCAGGAGUGACGCGAUCAACGCGAAGCUAUUGGUCAUUGUGAGCGAUGGGCGGGGCAUAUUCUCUGAAGGGGAGACGAGGGUUCUACAAGCCGUGAGACGCGCGAGGCAACAGGGGAUAUUCUUGGUUUACGUCAUUAUUGACAAUCCGGAUAAUAAGGAUUCAAUAAUGGACAUACGGCGCCCUCUCUUAGAUCCAGUGACAAACGCCCUUACUGGAUUCAUUCCUUACUUGGACACAUUCCCUUUCCCCUUCUAUCUUAUAUUAAGAGACUUGUCAGCGCUUCCAACUGUUCUUGGCGAUGCGCUGAGGCAAUGGUUCGAAUUGGCAGCAAAUACAUCUACAUAG